ACACAACCGCCAGUCGCGUCAGCUCCAUGGGCAAAUUGAGUUAGUUGGAGGAAGAUAUUGCAGUCGCUGUAAAGCUAACUGUUUAAUUUGCAACUAUGUCUUCACUUGAGUGUCUGAGAGAGUUUGUCAAUGAUCGACUAACCGCUGCUUUGGAGGAAAUAUUCGGAGUUUUUGAGAAAACCAUCGUCGAGUACGAGGAAGAGAUCAACCGUCAGCGCAGACUGUUGGAUAUGGUGUGGAACCCUGAAGUCAAGUUACACAGGAUAGAGCUCCCACAGCAACAUGUGUGUAAGCAGGAGGAGGUUCUCACUGACCAGGAGAGGAGCUUCAGUCUGGACCAGGAGGACCCAGAGCCUCCACAGAUUAAAGAGGAAGAGGAGGAACUCUACACCAGUCAGGAGGGAGAGCAGCUUAAACUGAAGGAGGAGGCUGAUACCUUUAUGUUGACUCCUGCUCAUGAGGAAAGUGACCACAGUGAAGAUCAGACUCUGGACUGCAGCACUGUUGAAACUCAGAGUGUGGAGAUGGAAAAGCCUCAAAGCUACAUUUCAGUUUUAAGCUCUGUGGUACCAGAACCAACUUUUGACCACCAGCUCCUCUGUCACGACUCUCAUGUAGCUGAGAGCCACGAUCAGACAAGAGGCAAACACCAAGACUCAGGAUCAAGUAGAGAUGCAGAGCCAGAACCACAGAAUCAUCAUCACAACAGCAACAGUCACUGCAUCAAUGUAUUUAACGCCACUACGACAAUAACUCACUGUACUUCUCAAACUGUUAAAAACUCUUUCAAAUGUGACACGUGUGAGAAAGCCUUUAGGUAUAAGUCACUUUUGCAGAGACACCUGAUAAUACACACAGGUGAGAAACCACAUUCUUGUGACACGUGUGGGAAAAGAUUUAGCCGGACAUCUAUACUGAACGCUCAUAUGAGAACUCACACAGGUCAGAAGCCAUAUUCUUGCAACACCUGCGGGAAGAGAUUCAGCCAGACAUCAACAUUAAGCGCUCAUAUAAGAAUACACACUGGUGAGAAACCAUAUUCUUGCAACACCUGUGGGAAAAGAUUCAGUCGGACAUCACUAUUGAACUCUCACUCGACAGUCCAUACAGGGAAGAAACCGCACACUUGCAACACUUGUGGGAAAAGGUUCAGUCGGCCAUCGCUGUUGAACGCUCAUGCAACGGUCCACACAGGUGAGAAACCAUAUUCCUGCAACACUUGUGGGAAAAGAUUCAGUCGGACAAAGCAACUGAACGCUCAUUUAAGAGUCCACACGGGUGAGAAGCCAUAUAGCUGCAAAACAUGUGGGAAAAGAUUCAGUUGGACAUCACAGCUGAAGAAUCAUAGAAAAGUCCAUGUAGGUGAGAACCCAUGUGACAACAUCCUGAGCAAUGUUCAUGGUUCAGCCCCAGGCUACACUGCUGAGAUGCUUCUCCCCUGUGAGCCAGGUCGCAGCCUCAGAUCCUCAGACAGGGCUCUGCUGGCUGUUCUUCAGUCCUGGCUCAAAACUAAAGGUGACGAGGCUUUUGCAGUCAAGGCCCCUCAGCUCUGGAACUCCAUGCCUGAGGAUCAGAGGCUUUCAGAAUCAAUCAUCAGACAGACGGAGACAGUGGCCUGCAGUGUUCGGGUCCAGAACGACGGGACUGAAGUGGACCUUCACCCUCAUCUUCUCCCAGACUCUGAAGGACAGGUUGCCCAGAGCUGCCACUCUGGACUCCUCUUCCUCUUUCAGGAACUGGUGGAGCUUGUUGAACUCCGCUCUGAACAGCUGCUUCUUGGAGUGUUGACUCAUUUCAUCGUAUGGAGUCUGAUCUUCACUGUUGUCACUGUCCUCAUAAGGAGCGAUCAUAAAGGUAUCAGCCUCCUCCUUCAGCUCAAGCUGCUCACCCUCCUGACUGGUGCAGAGCUCCUCCGGCUCCUCUUUGAUCUGUGGAGGCUCUGGGUCCUCCUGGUCCAGACUGGAGCUCCUCUCCUGGUCAGCGAGAACCUCCUCCUCCUGACAGACAUGUUGAUGUCUUCAGUUGAGUCUUUGAGAGAGUUUGUCAAAGAGAGACUAACUGCUGCUGCUGAAGAAAUAUUCAGAGUUUUUGAAGAAAGUAUCGUGAAGUACGAGGAAGAGAUCAGUCGCCAGCGCAAACUGCUGGACAUCGUUGGGAAACCUGAAGUAAAGUUACUCGGGGCAGAGCUCCCACAGCAACAUGUCUGUAAGAAGGAGGAGGUGCUCGCUGACCAGCAGUUCUGUAUUCAGGAGAGGAGCUCCAGUCUGGACCAAGAGGACCCAGAGCCUCCACAGAUUAAAGAGGAAGAGGAGGAACUCUGCAUCAGUCAGGAGGGAGAGCAACUUGAACUGAAGGAGGAGGCUGAUACCUUUAUGUUGACUCCUACUCAUGAGGACAGUGACCACGGUGAAGAUCAGACUCUGGACUCAAAUCCUGAUGAAACUCUAAGUGCAGAGGAGAAGGAGUGUGUAGCCAACAUGCCAGUUAUAAACUCUGUGGUAUCAGAAGCACACAGUGACCACCAGGUCCUCUCUCACAGCUCUCAUGUAGCUGAGAGCAAAGAGCAGAAAGAAGGCAAGCAUGGAGACUCGGGAUUAGCUGAAGACGCAGAGACAAAACUAAAGAGAAGAUGUCACAAAAUCAGAAGUCACAGUAACGAUGUUAGCAACUCUAACUUGUCAGAGAUUGACCGUAAUACUCACACACCUAAACGGUCUUCUGAAUGUGACAAAUGUGGAAAAGAUUUCAAGUAUAAGUCACAACUGCAGAAACACAUGAGAACACACACAGGUGAAAAACCAUAUUCUUGCAAAACAUGUGGCAAAGACUUCACAUGUAGCAGUGUCCUGAGUGUCCACAUGAGGACCCACACAGGGGAGCGGCCGUACCUUUGCACGACCUGCGGGAAAAGAUUCCGUGGCAAAUCGGUAUUGAAUAAUCACAUGAGAACCCACACGGGUGAAAAACCAUACUCUUGCAACACAUGUGGCAAAAUAUUCCGUCAGACAUCCUCACUGAACAUUCAUCUAAGAACCCACACAGGCGAGAAGCCGUACUCCUGCAAAACAUGUGGGAAAGCUUUCAAAUGUAGCAGCAACUUAAAUGUCCACACGAGAACCCACACGGGUGUGAAGCCGUACGUCUGCAAGACAUGCGACAGAGGGUUCUGUGACAUUUCAGGAUUGAUAAGGCAUAUGACAGUCCACACAGGCGAGAAACCACAUACUUGCAAAACAUGUGGGAGAGGUUUCACAGCUAGUCGUGACCUGACGAUCCACAUUAGGAGAGACCACACAGGUGAGAAGCUGUACGUAUGUGAGACCUGUGGGGAAGGUUGCCUUGAUGCAUCUAAUUUGGCAGAUCACAUGAGGACGCACACAGGGAAGUAGCUUCGUGUUUGUAAAAUAUGUGGGAGAUGAUUCAGUCAUGGAUGGGUUACUGAAAGGGCCUCCCAGACACAGGCAAAUGUAAAGCACACCAAGAAUUAUGUUACUGGCAGUUGACUUGAUUACAGAACACAAGUCUCGCACACACUGGCUCCAUAUGCAUUUCUUUUAUUUUGAUGAUGACGUUUUGACCUUUGGGUCUUCUUCAAGAUCAACAAUCGUACUGAGACACAGGUGCACUUACUGUUAAGUAGACCACACCUUUGGCACACAGCUGAUAAUGAUAAGAUGAUCAUGCUGCACUACGAGGUUGAGCAAGUCACACUGUGUGACACUUUUUACUUGAUUCAAAUUUUGAAUGCAUCACGAAUGAUAAUGAUUCAAUACCUCUUCCAUGCUGCUUAUUUCUGUCCUUGGCGAUAAUAUCAAACCUGUUACAAGAAAUCGAGGGGUCUGGUUUGACAGUAAUUUAAGUUUUGAGGAGCACGUCACAAAGCUUGUGCAAACAUGUUUUUAUCAGUUAGAAAUAUUUAAAAAAAAAUUGGAUCCAUUUCAGCUUUUAAAGACACAGAGACAAUUUUACGUGCCUUCAUCUCUUCUCGCCUGGAUGACUUCAGCAGCCUCUUUUCUUGACUGAAUCAAAAACCUAUUUAUCAACCCCAGGCUGUACACAAUUCAGCUGCCAGACUUUUAACCAGAACCAAGAGACAUGAUCACAUCACCGCAGUUUCAGCCUCUUAACAUCGGCUCCCAGUGUGUCCCAGAAUAGAUUUUAAGAGUUUACUGAUUACUUUUAAGGCUCUUCAUGGUCUCUCUCCCAGCUAUAUCUCCGACCUCUUGGUGCAGAACAUGCCAGGAUGUACUUUGAGGUCCUCGGGCAGAGGUCUUUUGUCUGUUCCAUAGUCCCAGCUGAAAACUAAAAAGGACAAUCUGCCAGAGAAAUCAGGUCGAGUCAGUGAUCCCUUUUUAUGUCUUUUCUUAAAACAUACUUUUAUCAGAGAGCCUUUCCUGAUUUUACUUGAGUUUUAAGUUCAUUUAGACUGUCUUUUAUUUCCUGUUUUUAUACACUGAAGUGCCUUUAUCAGUUCUUUUAAAAGUUGUUGUUUUUGUCUUGUCUGUUUUAAUUAUUGACAUGUAAAGCAACUUGUAACUCCGUUUUGAAAAGCGUUUAUAAAUAAAGAAUAUUAUUACUAUCAUCAUUAUUAUUAGUGUAUUUUUAUACACAAUUACUGAGGUAACAAAACAAUGCUUAUGAUAUUUACACACAAGUUCUGAAUGAAAUGCCAU